CGGGUCUCAGACGCGCCCAGCGGCGGGGGACUGCAUCUUCACUAGGGCCCCGGGCCGCAGGACUGGAACCAUGCUGGUGGCGGCGGCAGCCGAGCGGAACAAGGAGCACAUCCUUCACGUGCUGCGGCAGUAUGUGGACCCGGCUCAGCGCGGCGUCCGCGUGCUCGAGGUGGCCUCGGGCUCCGGUCAGCAUGCAGCCCACUUCGCGCGGGCUUUCCCGCACGCCGAGUGGCAGCCGUCAGACGUGGAUCAGCGCUGCCUGGACAGUAUCUCCGUCACGGCUCUGGCCCAGGGCCUAACCAACGUGAAGGCCCCGCUGUACCUGGACGUGACCUGGGAUUGGGAGCAGUGGGGUGGGAUCCUGCCGCGAUCACUGGACCUGCUGCUCUGCAUCAACAUGAUCCACAUCAGCCCCCUGAGCUGCACCGAGGGCCUCUUCAGAGCAGCAGGACACCUGCUUAAACCCAAGGCUGUGCUCAUCACCUAUGGGCCCUUCGCCGUCAACGGAAAGAUUUCUCCCCAGAGUAACGUGGACUUUGAUCUGAGUCUCAGAUGCAGGAACCCAGAGUGGGGGCUGCGGGACACAGCCCUGCUGGCAGACCUGGGCCAGGCCAGCGGCCUGCUCCUGGAGAGGAUGGUGGACAUGCCAGCCAACAACAAGUGCCUGAUCUUCCGAAAAGAGUAACCCCUCCUCCUCCGGCAUGCCCACGUCCCUGGGACAGAGCCAGACCACCAGCCUCUGCCUCCCCGGGCCACCCAGACGGGGGAUUCUUGGCCAGUGGCCACAGGGCUGCUGAGAGCCUGGGAAUAAAGUGCUUUCUGCUGUCCCA